CCGAAACCCCGUAGUGGCAGAGAGCCAAUCAACGACGCGGAUUCGGGACACGUGAAAGUGAUUGGAAAGCGCGACAUCAUCAUGGCGGACAUGAACAAGAAGAUCGAGGAGAUUGUCGUCAAGGCAGCCGGCGUGGCGAUCAUCGACGACGAAGGAUUGCUCGUGGCCGACGACGAAUGGACCGAGGAGCGCGAGGAGCUGGCCAAGUCGUUGCUCGACCAGGACAAGAAACUCGUCGCUCCGUUUUGGCAGAGCAAGUACGAGAAGGAAGCCGCAAAGAGCUGGGAUUUGUUUUACAAACGCAACUCGACCAACUUUUACAAAGACAGACACUACCUCCACGUGGUAUUUCCUGACCUGGCUCCCAAGGACUCGGACUCCGCCGACGAGAAAACGUGGCUGCUCGAAGUCGGCUGCGGCGUGGGGAAUGCGGCGCUGCCGCUUUUGGAAGUCAAUCCGCGCCUGCACGUGGUCGCGAUUGACUUUGCCGACAAAGCCGUCGAGUUGUUUCGUUGCCAACCCCUAUUUGACCCGUCGCGCUGCCACGUGUCCGUAUGCGACAUCACCAAGGACCCCCUGCCUGCCAUCAUCGAUGCCGAACAUGGCGUCAACUUUGCGCUCUUUAUGUUCUGCUUGUCCGCACUCCACCCCGACAAGAUGCAGGCAGCUGUCCAGAAGAUCGCCGACGCCGUGAAACCUGGCGGCAAAGUAUACGAAACUCAGCAUGACAUGGACACCUUUUCAUACCAUAUCGUCAUGAACAGAUCUUCUUUCGGGACUACGGACGAUACGACCAGGCGCAGCUGCGCUUCAAGCCCGGCCACAAGCUGUCCGACAAUUUUUACGUCCGCCAAGACAACACGCGAGCGUACUACUUUACCACGGACGAAGUGCGUGACCUGUUUGCGGCCGCGGGCUUAAUCGAACGGGAAAACGAGUACAUUCGUCGCCAAUAUGCCAACCGGUCCCAGGGCGUCGUCCGGUUCCGGGUGUGGAUCCAUGCAGUGUUUGAAAAGCCCGUCUAGUGGAAAUACAUACAAACGGCACUUUAAUAUGGAAAGAGACUUUAGAUGCCGUCGUAUGCCACACAACAACACUUGAACUCGUCGUCCG